UGCUGCCGUGGUUCACUCUGGCUGCCGAUCCAGUCCAGGAGAAGAUGGCUGCCCGAGUGCUGUUUCUCCUGUUCCUCCUCCUCGGCUCCUCGGAUGCGGCGAAGAAACCGAAAGCGAACGCCGAUGCCGACCUCAUCGAAGAUGUCAACGGCAAGAAACUGGAAAGUCUCAUACAGACUGAGGAAUACCUCGCCGUCUUCUUCUACACGAAGAUCUGUAAGAACUGCGAUGCCAUCUUGGCGGAGCUCGAGCACAUCAACGACGAGGCUGAGAGCUUCGGCGUCACCUUCGUCAGGAACAGCGACAGACCAACAGCUAAGAAACUGGGCAUAACAAAGUUCCCCUCGCUCGUCUACUUUCGGAAUAAAGAACCAACGACAUACGAAGGCGACUUGAUGGAUGAAGAGAAGGUCCUGGACUGGCUAACAAACUUGGAAGCAAUGGAAAUACCGGAUCGCAUAGAGGAGGUCAACGGGAAAAUCCUCGAGAGUCUCAUCAAAGAAAGCCAGUUCCUGGCAGUACUCUUUUACAAACCGAAGCACAAAGAAUCCGAUGCCGUGCUUCAGGAACUGGAGAACAUCGACGAUGAAGCUGACGGCCUCGGGAUCGGCUUUGUGAAGAUAUCCGAAACUGAAGUCGCCGAAGAAUUCGGUCUCGACCAACUCCCAGCUCUGGUAUACUACCGCAAGACUAUUCCACUCUUGUAUGAUGGCGACUUGUACAACGAAGAAGACGUGCUUAAAUGGCUUCAAGAGUUUAUGGACACCGGGGACGACACCGACGUCAUUGAAGAGGUUUCGGCAGAUGACGUCACGGCCCUCAUAGAGAAGACGGACAUCGUAGCUGUAUUCGUCUACGACGAAAACGACGAGGAGAGCAAGAAGAUCUUGUCCGAACUCGAAGCGAUCGACGAUGACGCCGACCAACACGGAAUUCCCUUUGUGAAGACCGAUGACGUUGAGAUUGCUAAGAAGUACGGCUGGGAGCAGCUUCCUAUCCUGAUUUUCUUUGAAAAUGCAGUGCCCACAGUUUACGAAGGAGACCUGAGCAACGAAGAUAAAGUACUCAGCUGGCUGGUGGAGCAGAAGAUGAAAGACGAAAUUGAAGAUGUUUCCGAAGACGUGCUGGACAAGCUCAUCGAGAAGUCUGACUAUCUCGCGGUACUUUUUUACGACAAAGGGGAGAAAGAAUCGGAGAAGGUUCUCAAAGAACUGGAGAAUAUCGACGACGAACUGGACACACACGACAUUCCUUUUGUAAAGAUCGAUGACGAAGAUGUCUUGAAAGAAUAUGGCAUUGACAAAGUCCCACAACUUGUUUAUUUCGAAGAUACCAUUCCAAACUUCUACUCAGGGGACUUGACAAAGGAGGAAGACGUCCUCGCAUGGCUCAUUAGACAGAAAGAGUCCGAUGAAAUUGAAGACGUCACACCGGAGGUCCUCGAAAUGCUCAUAAAGAAGUCCAACCAUCUUGCCGUGUUAUUUUAUGACAAGGACGACCCAAAGUCGAAGCUGGUACUGCAGGAACUCGAAAACAUUGACGAUGAGGCCGACGCAAAUGAUCUGCCAUUCCUGAAAAUCGAUGAUGACGAAGUGGCCAAGAGCAUGGGAAUCGACGACGAGCUUCCGAUCCUCGUCUAUUUCGAGAACGAAAUCCCAAACUUAUACGAAGGGGACCUUACGAAGGAAGAGGAGGUGAUAGAGUGGCUCCUUAAGAAGAUGAAGUCAGAUGACAUCGAGGAAGUAAGCGACAAGAUACUGGACUCUCUGAUCGACAAGCAUCCGCACGUCGCCGUUCUCUUCUAUAAAGAGAACGACAGGAAAUCGGAGAAAAUCUUACUGGAACUGGAAAACAUCGACGAUGAAGCGGACCAGCAUGAAAUCAUUUUCCUGAAGACAAACGACCCCAUGGCCAUCAAGAAAUACGGCAUCGAGACCCUGCCCAAGCUCGUCUUCUAUGACAACGAGAUCCCUAACCUUUAUGACGGUGAUCUAAUGGACGAAGAAAAGAUUCUCGAGUGGUUUAUUCACCAGAAGAACUCUGAGGAAAUCGAAGAGAUCACGGAAAACAUGCUUUACGAACUCAUCGCGGAGAAUCCAUUCCUGGUGGUCCUGUUCUACGACAAGGACGACAAAGCUAGCGAGCAAAUUUUGGCCGAACUGGAGAACAUCGAUGACGACUUGGACAAACACCGGGUGCCCUUUGUUAGGAUCGAUGACGACAGUGUCGCCAAGGACUUCGGUAUUCUAGACGAGCUGCCUCGUGUAGUCUACUUUGAGGACAAAGUCCCCAGUGUCUACGAAGGAAAUCUCAAGAACGAGGAAGAGGUACUGAAAUGGGUGCUCCACCAAAAGGCAGAGGACACGAUUGAAGAGGUCACCGAAGAAAUAUUAGUAAUGCUUCUGAGAGACAAGGAAUAUGUCCUGGUGUUCUUCGCUCCCGAAAACUGCAAGGAAUGCCCUGCCAUCCUGCACGAACUUGAGAAGAUCGACGACGAAUCGGACGAUCACGGCAUCAUCACCGUCACAACCGACGACACGAAAUUUGCCAAGAAGCAAGCAGGAGUUACGAAACUACCAGCCAUCGUUCUCUUCCGCAAUGGCCAACCCGUACAUUACAAAGGCGACCUAAUGGAUGAAGAAGCCCUCCUCAAGUGGGUGACCAGCGAAGAAGUUCUCGAUAUUCCAGACCAGAUUGAACAGGUCAACCAGAAGAUGUUGGAAAAACUGCUUCACAGGAGUGACCACGUUGCUGUAUUGUUCACGAAAGACCGCUGCCCGGAGUGCGAUAAAGUUCUUGCCGAGCUCGAAAACAUCGACGACGAAGCUGAAGAGAUUGACAUCGACUUGGUGAAAGUCACAGACCCCAAGAUUGCGAAGGCGUACGAGAUCGUCUCCUUCCCCGCCUUAGUUUACUUCAAGAAGAAAUUCCCUCAAUUCUACGACGGCAACUUGAAGGACGAGGACCAAGUUCUCAAGUGGUUGACUGAAUUGAAGAACAAGGCUGAAGAUGAAAUCGAAUUCGUCGACAGGAGGACACUGGAGAUGCUCCUGGACGACAUGGACAACGUCGCAGUAUUUUUCUUUUCCGACGACUGUGCGGAGUGCGACCGCGUGCUCGAGGAACUCGAAAACAUCGACGAUGACACGGACAAACAGGGCAUCUACUUUGUCAAAACUGACGAUGAAGACUACGCAAAAGAACUUGGUGUUUCCGACUUUCCUUCGCUCGUCUACUUCGAAAAGCAUACACCGAGCAUCUACGUAGGAGACCUUUCUAAAGAAGAGGAUGUACUUAGCUGGCUGAUUCAGCAGAAGAACGAAGACACCAUCGAAAAUAUCAACAGAGAUAUGUUGAACAACAUGAUAGUUGAAACAGACUACCUUGCUGUUUUAUUCUACCUCGAAGAUGAUGAUGAGAGCAAAGAAAUUUUGCUGCACCUCGAAAACAUUGAUGACGACUGCGGUGACUAUGAGGUGCACCUCGUCAAGAUGCAGGACAACUUGAUGGCUAAGAAGUACGGCAUUCGUAACCCUCCUGGCCUAGCGUAUUUUCGUCAUGGGAAGCAUCUCAAGUACACUGGUGACCUCUUUGACGAGGAAGAAGUGUUGGAGUGGCUGACUAAUCCCGAAAAUAUGGAAAUGACUGACGCUAUUGAGCGGGUAAACAAGAGGAUGUUUGAAAGGAUACUCUCUAGAUCGGAGUAUCUAACCGUAUUUUUCUACAGCAAGAUCGACUGCAAGCAGUGUGCCAAGGUUCUAGAGGAGCUCGAGAAAAUCGAUGACGACGCCGACGCUCAGGGUAUUAACAUGGUCAAGAUAGACGAUCUAGCAUUGGCCAAGAAGUAUGGAGUUCAUGCGAUUCCGGCGAUAUUGUUCUUCCAUAGUGAAGACGCGGACCCCAUUAUUUAUGCAGGCGAUUUUAAGAGUGGCGAACGUAUCCUUGAGUGGAUACUUCUACAAAGAAAUCCUGGCAGUGAAGUCAUCGAGGACGUUGAUGGCGAGACUCUCCGAAAAAUGAUCAAGGCUUCACCGUACCUGGCUGUUUUAUUCUAUUCUGAAGGACAGGAAUGUGAUGAAUGUAAAGCCGUCCUCAGUGAUCUUGAGAAUAUCGAUGAUGACACAGACCGUCAUGGAAUCCAGUUCGUCAAGACCACAGAUGUCUCUGUUGCACAGGAAUACGGUGUAAAGGAAUACCCAUCACUUGUCUACUUCGAAAAGCAAAUCCCAAAUGUUUACGAAGGGGACCUAAGUGCUGAGGAAGAAGUCCUACAGUGGCUUGUGCUGCAGAAGUCUGAUGACACUAUCGAGACAGUCAACCGUGACAUGCUGGAUCGCCUCGUUGAUGAAUCCCAAUACCUGGCUGUGUUUUUCUACAAACCUCACUGCAAGGCUUGCGACCAGGCACUGCGGGAGUUAGAGAACAUCGAUGACGACACGGAUUUGUACGGCAUUCACAUGGUGAAGAUUCGCGAUACGACCCUGGCGAAGCGCUACGGCAUCAAAACAUUCCCAGCUCUGGUAUACUUCAGGAAUGGCAACCCACUCAUCUUCGAUGAUUUCCUUGCUAUUGCUACAAUAGGUGAUAUGAAAAACGAGGAGUCCGUCUUGGAGUGGCUUAUUGACGAUGACAACCGGGAGCUCGCUGAGGAGAUCGAAGCGAUCAAUAGCAGGAUGUUGGACAAACUGGUCAAUGACUCGCCCUUCAUCGCCGUUCUCUUCUAUGAAGACAACUGCGACGAGUGUGAGAGGGCUCUCAAGGAAUUGGAGAACAUCGACGACGAGGCUGACGUCUACGGUAUCGACUUCGUCAAGAUCAAUGAACCAGAGGCGGCGACCGCGUAUGGCAUUACGAGCUUCCCUACACUGGCCUACUUCCGGAAAGGAUCGCCAACGUUAUAUGACGGAGAUCUCCAGGAUGAAGAGAAGGUUCUCGCUUGGCUAACGAAUCACGACAAUAUUGAACUGAAAGACGAAAUUGAAGAAGUCAACCGCAAGAUGUUGGACAAGUUACUCGAUGAAAAUGAUUUUGUUGCUGUGUUCUUCUUUGACCACAACUGUCCCAAGUGUGAUGCCGUGCUGACAGAGAUCGAAACUAUCGACGAUGAAGUGGACGAACUCGACGUGAUGUUUGUGAAAAUCAACGACGUCAAGUACGCCAGGAAGUAUGGCAUCGCGCAGGUCCCCGCUAUUGUAUACUUCCGAAGGAAGUUCCCGUCCAUCUUCAGGGGUGACCUUAUGGACGAGAAUGAGGUCCUGGAAUGGCUCAAGAAGAAUCGAUACCGACACCCAGAGCUAAGCCUCUUCAUGUACGCUCUGAUCGCCAUCUCCAGUGCUUUCAUCCUGUACACACUGUUCCUCAUCUUCUGUUUGAAGAAGCAUGAGAAGAAAGAAUGAGCAGGGCCCUUUACCUUGGGGCCGCUCUUCUUGUUCAGGACCCUGCCAAAGAAGUGUUGCGAGGACUCGGCCACGAGUUGAGUGUUGCUGGGGCAGACUAUGGAGGCACACGCCUCCUAUGGGGGUUACAGGGGAGAUCCGGUCAUGGUGCAAAUGAAGAAAGAAACGGGGCUGAUUCCGCUCGUGUACUAUAUGUGGUGCAAUCUACGAACAGUAUAUCGCCGAGACGCCUGGGUGACCCCAGCGAUGUUAUGCUUUGUUUGGCUAACCGCAGGCAUAUUUCACGGUCACAGCACGUGGGUUUCGACUCAUCUGUUCAGUGUAUUUGGGAAAGACCCAGAACGAUUUGGAGAAAGCGGCCAUUACUCUUUGAUGCCUGACAUUGUGCAUUCGCGUUUACAUUGGACAACAGAAAUUACUGACAAAAAAAAAGUGCUCCCACGUGUCAGGACCAUAAGAGAUGUGGCCAUUGUUUUUAUUCUUUUUUUUUUACUCUCUGUUUCUUUUCUUUCCACAAAUACCAGGCUGCUAUUCCAAUACCGUCAAUAGCGGUAUCUGGACUGCAAUUUUUUCUAACUAUUGAGAGACACGGGCGUGUGAUCGUGAACACGAUGCCUCGCUUCCUUCUUCAACUUUGCUUCGGUUUGAUGCGACAUCACUGGGAAGGGAUAAAAACUCUCGGUUGUGUUAUUUCAGUGAAUCUUCGACGAUCAUUUCAUGUGUCAAGUUUUUUUUUUUAAGUUGUCGUGCCUUCGAUAUUUGUUUUUAUUUAUAUUGCCAACUGAACUUCCUCCAAAAUACGUAUCGGCUUCAGUCACACAGUACUGGCAUGUGAACUGCCUUCCUUCCCUGCAUUGGUUGUUGAAAUGCUCUGUACAGUUAAGGAUACCGUUGGUGGCAUUAAAAUUUAUUGUUAAUUAUUAUGGCUUUUUUUUUUAACCCGACUGCUUUUCAGGCACUGCUCACAGCAAAGACACUUCAGCGGGCGGUGUUCUGCGGAUGUGUUGAUGCUCAAUAUAAGUACGAGAUAUACUUACUUCUUUUCGUUUGUCUUAGGCGAGGACCUGCUUUCAGUUCUUCCUCAUGUGUGAUCGUACAAAGUGAAUUCGAGGCAGAUUGCACAACGUUUUCACUUCGAAUGCUUCAUCGUGUAUGUCCUCAGAGUGCAUGGAGUCGCGUCUUUGAAUGAUAUUAAGUCCUCAAUGUUUCGUUCUUUUUUCUUAUCAGCGCUUUUAUGUGAGUUGUGAGAUGGAUAGUGUGCCUUUUUUUGGGGGGGGGGGUGUAUUUAUUGCAGAAAGCUUUCCAGACUGCCUUUUACGCGUUGCUUCUUCCGCAGCUUUGUUGUGUGUGAUUCGUUUAACUUUCUCUCCCUUUUCCACCAUCAGUGCUGUCGUAUGAAAAUAAACUCGGGAGAAUAGACCACA